AUGAAUCGCGACGACAAAAUAUAUAAAGUACAGUGUAUUAUUAACGCACGUAAUUAACAUAGUUUAUGGCAUAGUUGAAACAUUGAUAAUUUUUUAGCGAAAGUGAAAUUCAAAGUACUUACAUUAGUUUACCGUAACAUCCAUUAUCUAUCGUGUAAUUGUAAAUGGUCUAAAUGUGUCAUAAAUCUGCCAAACUUCCGCCUAGUCAAGACAGGACUGGUAGCUGUCAUCUUGCCUUUAAAGAACGACACUACUGAUAAAUUAAAAUAA